AUGGGGAGACACCAUGAAUGACAUUUUUCAGAUCCCACUGCACAGAUUACAUCCAAGAUCCAGACCUGUCCUGAUUGCUGGCUGAGGGUUGUCCACUUUUCUGCGGUAAUUCAAUCUUAAACUGAAACUAUUUGUAACAUUAGUUUGAAAUUUUAACUCAUGGAUUCUGUAGUUUAAUUAGAAGGCUGCCUGUGACUCCUCGCACAUGUUUCAUUCAUGGCUUUCAUUUGUGUAAAGAAGUUCAAUCUUAAACUGUAGAAGUAAUAAGACCAGUCUAGAGCUGAAAUAUCCUGUAGAAGAAGAAGAUGUCAUGCAGUUAAAGUUUCACCAAGUAAGAAUAACAAAAGUUAUAGUAUCAUAUUAUGAAGCAUCAUAUUUAAUGUAGUGGCUUGCAAAAUUGGAGUAACUUUAUGCUUUGCUACAUGAUGAUGUUUUUAUCUUAAAAUAGAGUAACACUUCAAAUGAGCUUGUUGAUUAUAUUUUCCUUUAUACUGCAAAGUUGUUUCAGACGACUGUAAUAUCAGCCUUUGAACUGCUGCAGAUGAAAGACAAUGUGAGCACCAUUUAUGUAAAAACUUCACAGGAAUGAAUGAAAUUCCAGUUAGACUGUGUUCAUUUUAACCUACUUUUAAAACUCAAGCUGCACAAGAGUCCAAACGUUCAUAUGCACAAGUUAUUUGAUACCUGUAACUAAAUACACCUUCAAAUUCAACAGCAUUUCAGAUGGUAAGAUCAUUGUUUCAAUGGUACUGCUUCUAUCACAGCAGAAAUUCUCAAAACACAUUAAAAGAAGAGUGACCUAUUUUAAAGAUUACCUGCACAGUAGUAAGGGUGUGCUGUGUGAACUCCAUGGACUGAUGCUGCUAACAUGCUGAUCUGAAGUGUAAGGGCUGCAACAGAAACAUACAGUGUUGUAUUUAACCUUCAACAGCCAAACAUUUUAUUUCAAAGCUCUUGGUUAUAAGACAGACAGAAAAUAAACUUGAUGUUGCUAUUUGAUUAAAAGUAAACCAAACCAUCAGCAGCUGAAGAGUUCAUCUUUUGACUGUCAUUUUUCUUUUCACAGAACCAGUGUCAUGGGGUUAGAGAGUCAAAAUUCCAGACUUUUCAAAGCAGGCCUCUGAAAGUUUCACACACCACCAUUUCUUUAAAUCUACACCUGUGUUUUAAUGUUUUAAAAUAACACAAAUAUCUGAUCUUUCUGAAGAGCAUGCAGCUUUGAGAUCAUAAUAGUUUUUCAGGUCUGAAUAACAACCCUGAUUUCAAAGACAUUGGGAUGAUGUAUAAACUGUUGGUAGAAAUAAACUUUGAUGGUUUGCAAAAAUUUGACACAAAAUUUGAUUGAAAAUAUAGUAAAGACAGCAUGUAAAAUGUUGAAGCUGAAAAAUAUAGCUUUAUUAAAUCAAAUGUGAUGACAGUAAUACAUUAUCAGAAAUAGUUAAUAAAACACCAGGAGGUAUUUUUCACAAUAAAAAAGGUUUAAAAUAAUCAAAAAAAAGUUUAUCACUGUGUGGGAAAUAGCGCAAAGAAAUAGUUUGGUGACUUUGGGAUCAUAUUUCUCAGCAUAAGAUUGCAAAGAAUUUGGGGAUUUCAUCACAAUAUCAUUUAAGUAUUCAAGAAAUCUUUGUAUAAAAGGGAAAACCCUAACAACAUAAAUGGAUAACUGUGAUCUUUAGGGGGAGACACUGCAUUAAAACCAACAUGACUGUUUAGUGAAAAUCUCUGCAUUUACAUAAAAUCACUUCCUUUAAUCAGGGAAAACUUUGCAAGACAGUGUCAAUCCCCAUUCUGAUCUAAUUACAACUCCGUGGCACUGUAGUAGAAGAGUCCUGGUGCUAAACUGAACAGCCUGAAGUACUGACUUAAUGAACACACAUCAUAAAAUGAAAAUUAAAUACAGGAGACCCCGACCUGUCGAGCAGCUGAAAUUAGUAGUUGGCAUCAAAUUUAAAAUAAGUUUAUUUUUAUCAGAGAAAGAAAUUUUCCUAUCAUCAACACUUUUCUCAACAUCCUAUCUUUUAUGAAAUUGAGGUUGAAUGUGAAUAAAAAUUUAUUUCAUGGUUUUUUCGCUCAGUUGCAGAUAUGGAGGCGCCACGCUGGUGCAUGCUGGGAGUGGCAGUCCUCCUGCUAGUGUGCCAGGUCAUCACCCAUCGGUUGUGCGAGACCCUUAUUGUCCUAGUGGACGGCUUCCACACAGUCUUCAUCAUUGUGCGCAUGGCUUUUCCUCCUCCUCCUCCUCAUCCCUCCAGUGUUAGGAAACCUCCCCUCUCCUCUGAGGACUCCCCAGCACCUCCUGCAGACUCCUCGUCCUCAGCUGCUACUCCUUCUGCCCUCCCAGCAGAGCCAUGUAUCGAAGUCCUUGAAACCCACACCUCCACUGAUGGGUCGCUUAUCCAGCCUCCCACUCCUCACCUAUUUCUUGAAGCAGGGUCACAGGUCAACUCUCAGCAGCUCCACUCUCCAGAAGUUUGCCCUCCAGCUCUGAACUGUGGCCUGUCCUUCCCCCCCUACAGGACUCCAGCUGUGGGAGCUUUUAUCUCUGCUCUAGUCCUUGCCUCUCUGUGUCUCUCUUACAUCACUGAAAUCAUCAGCUUUUCCCUGGAGCCACACCCUGUACAGCGCCCCCUGCUGCCUGUGUUAGUUGGAGCUGUCAGCCUGAUCUAUAAGAUGCUGCUGCUACUGUGGCUGAACUGGGGUCAGACGCAGGAUGGACACGCUGAUGCAAGUAGGCAGCUGGAAAACCAAUCUCAUCCUGAAGUGAACCACAAAAGUAUCAUUACCUUUGACAGAGUUUUCACUUUUUUAUGAGUGCAAAAGUCAAAGUAGAUAAUGGAUUUUUCUUAUCAAGGGGGCAAAAAAUGGCACCAGAUAGCUACAACGGGAGAUUAGUUUAAAUAUGUCAGAGGUCAAGUUUACCUUUUAUGACCCUGCAUACAAAAAUGUAGAAAUAAAGCUCUUUAAGUAGAUUUUUUGAACGUUUGCCUAAAUGCAAGGAGCUGCAGUUGGUUUUAAAAUCAGGUGCUUCACAGCGCAGAGAAUGUUACAAAUUAAGGGUAAAAAAGACAAAUAAAUGUAAAAAAAAUGGUCAAAAUUUUUUAAAAUGAAUAUAUUGUUGCAAACACUAGUUGUUACAAGAUCUUAAAAACGAAAAAACAAAUAUUUUGAGGCUAGAUGUUUCUUGUUUGUGUGAUAAUAACCCCAAGAAAAAGUCCUUAAUUACAUGAGAAUUAACGUAAGACUCAAAGCUGCUGGGUACAUCACACUGUCAUCUGCAUAGAGGGGAAAUUUAUCAGGUUUAAAGGUCCUUCUGUAAACCUGCAUAUAAACCCUCUUUACUUACUGACCUUAAGCACCUGACAGCACCUUAAGCGAGAUAGAAAGCUGUGACAUAAUGGCACUGCAGACUCCAACAUAGCUGUGUGGCUUACCUGAUUUUAGUUGUACCUGCUUUGCAAAAAUUCACCCUUUCCAGGUUGUGAAAUCUUGAAUAUGUGAGGACACACUGGCAAAAUCUUGGUAUCUCACUAACAUAUUGUCAAAUUGUGUUUCACUAUAUUGUUUUGCGUUCAAACUCCACCAGGUUCUCGAGACAGACCUCAACAAUAACUCUGAAAACAUUAAUCUAUAUAGAUGUCAAGAAAAGUUCAGUCAUGAAUGAAAGAUGACAAUCCCCAGAAAAUAUCAGUCUGAACAGACCGUUGUCCUGUUGUGGUGAAAGUUAAUAUAUGAAUAUUAAAACAGACUAAAGCUACCUUUGCCCUCCAUUUCUGGGCAGCUGUGGUUUCUUCUUCCUCUAUGAUUUACCCAGACUCAUCAUGUCUGUCCGCUGGUCUUUAAUGCAGGUUUAAAUACAGCAGGGAUUUGGACAGACGUUUCACUGGAUUCUAUGUUUUAAUAUUUCUUUCCCUGUCUUGUAGCUGGAUUUGAUCCAUUUUGGAGAACCUAAUGAAUUUAUCUUCUUUUUUUCUUUGAAUGGUCAAUAUUUUUAUGUUUUCAUAUGCUUUGAAAGUGUUUUAAAGUCCACAUUAGUUCUUGUAGUAUGUUAUAAUCAUCAAAGGCUACUGAAAAAAAUAGAGGUACUGUCUAGGUUAUGGUAUCUCUGGCUUAUUUCACUUCAAAGUAGCUGCUAAGUGUAUAUUCAGCUGUAAGGAACAUCAAACCAUGUCCAUGUUUGUUUUUUCAUUCCUCUGCUCGACUCCCACAGUCUCGGCUAAAGGGGAAAUCGAGACUUGGACUGAUUCAGUGCAAGUCCUGGAUGAUGUUAGCCAAGUCCAGUCUGCUGUUGAAGACUCUACUCACAAUGGGGCACUUGUCCUCAGUAACCCAGGAACCUCCCCCUGUAUCGCUGAUGAGCACUCUCACACCCCACAACCGGAGCCAGGAGUCUGUCUGCACACAGCAGCCCCUCAGUAUGACAGCAAGAGGCCGAGCAGUGCUGCAGAUUUGAGUCCUUCACAAGACAUCCUAGAGAUCUCCAAAGACGAUACCUGUGUGGAACAUCUUGGUAAGAGAGUCUGAACUGUAGGACUUACACCUUUUCUCAUCUCAGUGUCCCUCAAACAAGUCACCUGAGAAAAUCUAAAUUCAGCGAACUUUUUUGGGGUGUAACUUAUCUGGACUUUUGACACCUAUUUCACUGCUUGUAAAUGGAGGCAGAUAGUUGAAUUUAUUGAGCUGACAAGAGAUCUAUGUUAGUAGAUAAUGUCCACAUUUUGCACUGACAAAACUGUGUUUUACUUCUCUUUGGCUAAAGGCAGCAAAAAUGCAUCAAAGACCUCUCCAGGCUGCAAAUCCUCACAUCGCCAAGGGCCCGUCCCUCUCCUGACACCCAUCUUAGUCACUCAGGGUCUUUGUUCCCCCCUCCUGGCUCUGAUUAACAGCCUGGGGACACUGCUGAUAGACCCUCAGUGUCUGCAGAGCUCCAGAGUUUGUGGUCUCCUGGUUUACCUGGAUCCUGGCCUGUCACUGUUGGCUGUCAUUACACUGAUCGCUACAGCCAUGCCACAGGUCAGAUAGACAUAAACAUGGUCCAUUUAAGAAGAUUAAUAUACAACAAUUUCUGAUUCCUGUAUUUAAAACUCUACUGACUGUUUCCUCUCCAGGUGCACAGGUACGGACUGCUGCUGCUUCAGUCAGCACCUCCACAUAUUUGUGUGUCUGAUCUGGGGCGGAGGAUCACAAGUGUCCCUGGUGUGCAGGCUGUGCAUGACCUCCAUGUCUGGCAGUUAAGCGGAUCACUGACUGUAGCCUCAGUGCAUGUACACUGUCAUGCAGGGUUCCCAUUACACAGGUGAGUCUGAAAAUGAGGAACUUUUGAACAGCGGAUUCUGCCCAUUUAUGGUAACUGAGAGUUCUCCAUUUCUGAUUGCUUGGUUUCAAUUUAAGUAACCAGAUAGUUAAAGGCGUCUAUUAAAGUAUCAAGGUAUAAAUGGAUGCACCAGAUCGAGACAACAGUAAAAAUAUCACAGAAUGAUUCUCAAGGUGAUCUUUACACAUUUAUCCAGGUGUGCUGAUCUGCUGUCAGGGGUCACAAAGGUCCUGCAGAGUGUCGGAGUGAGCUGCUGCACCGUUCAGCCAGAGUUUGUCUCCUACCCUGGUUGCUCUGAGGGCAGUUCAGGUGAUGCCUCUGCGGUCGUCCUCAGGGAGGACCCCACCCUGCCCCAGCUCCCACUGGCCUGCAACCUCGGCUGUGGAAAAGCCUGCUCUGGAAACAUGUGCUGCUCCCCCGAGGAAGAAGAGCUCAUGAGCCCACUUACACCACCAGCUGGAGAAACAAAAGAAGACCCUCAAACACUGGUCAUCGAGAACACUUUCCUCUGACCGUCAGCUUUGACUGGUGGAGGAUCCGUAUCCAAAAGGAAAGCUAGCUAGAUGGAAAAUUUGAAGAUUGAAAGUUUUACCUUCAUCAAAAUACUACCUGCAUAUUAUACGUGUAUGCUCUGAUAGAUUUGUGAUAUUAACUCAGUGCUAAACCAAAGAUUUUAUACCAAGUGAAAGUCAUGAGUGAACUAAGUCAUUUUUAUCUUGUGUUUCUUUAUUUGUACAUGGGACCUCUGUAUUCCCUGCCAUGUAUGUGCGAAAAUAAAAACAAACUUUGAGACUGAA